AGUUACACCGACCACAUGCGCUAUCUUUUCUCUCUUGGUUCCCACACUUCCUUCUCCUCUUCUAUGCUCUCGUCUCGUUCGUCCACGCCACCAUUAAUACACAGCCUUUUCUUCCCUCUCUUUCUCUUUCUCUCUGGCGGAGAUACUACACUAACCAGGCAAGGCAAGCGAGAAAAAAAUGAACGAUAAGACCGAAAACCUUUGUUGAAAACCAAUUUCGUCAAUCGAUUUCUCUUCAAUGGCCGCUGCUGCCAGUGCCACAACCACAACUCUCUCUCUCGUCCCUUCUCUGGGAUUCUCUUCGCCUUUCUCCUCUUCUUCUACUUCUUCUACCUCAUCAUUGUUCUUUACGGGUAGCACCCACCUUUGGUCCCAUAAGAAUUUCGCCUCUGUUUCUUUAACUUCUCCUUCCCAUACUUCUCUAAAGUUCAGGACCCAGGCCUCCACCAAUCGUUUUCGACCUGUGAUUAAUGCUUCCGGGGAUUACUAUGUUACUCUUGGGGUUCCUAAAUCUGCUACUGGUAAAGAAAUCAAGGCCGCUUAUCGAAGGUUAGCUCGCCAGUACCACCCAGAUGUUAACAAGGAACCUGGAGCAACUGAAAAGUUCAAGGAGAUAAGUGCUGCCUAUGAGGUGCUAUCAGAUGAUAAAAAGAGGGCUCUGUAUGACCAGUAUGGUGAAGCUGGAGUUAAGAGUACAGUAGGAGGAGCAUCAAGUGCUUAUACGACAAAUCCUUUUGAUCUAUUUGAGACAUUCUUUGGGUCAACCAUGGGUGGUUUUCCUGGCAUGGAAACUGGGUUCAGCACACGCCGCCGUAGUACUGUUACUAAGGGUGAAGACAUACGUUAUGACAUCACUUUAGAAUUUUCUGAGUCUAUAUUUGGAUCUGAAAAGGAAUUUGAGCUUUCUCAUUUGGAAACUUGUGAAAUUUGUACUGGUACUGGAGCAAAGAUGGGCUCCAAGAUGAGGAUAUGCUCCACAUGUGGUGGCAGGGGUCAAGUUAUGAAAACUGAGCAAACACCCUUUGGCUUGUUCUCACAGGUUUCUAUGUGUCCCAAUUGUGGUGGAGAAGGUGAGGUCAUUUCUGAAUACUGUCGAAAAUGCUCUGGUGAAGGGCGUAAUCGUGUUAGGAAAAAUAUCAAAGUCAAAAUCCCUCCUGGAGUUAGCACAGGCAGUAUUCUUAGAGUUGCAGGAGAAGGUGAUGCUGGACCAAGAGGCGGUCCUCCAGGAGAUCUUUUUGUGUAUCUGGAUGUUGAGGAGAUAACUGGAAUCCAAAGAGAUGGCAUAAAUCUCAACUCAACAAUAUCUAUCACUUAUCUUGAUGCAAUUCUGGGGGUGGUAGUUAAGGUAAAGACAGUUGAAGGAGUAAGUGAACUUCAGAUUCCAGCAGGUACUCAGCCUGGAGAUGUUCUAGUCCUGGCAAAGAAAGGUGCACCUAAACUGAAUAAACCAUCUAUACGCGGUGAUCACUUGUUUACAAUUAAGGUUAUUAUACCAAAUCGUGUAAGUUUCAAAGAGCGUGAGUUACUCGAAGAACUUGCUUCUCUGAGUAAUACUACCAGCACUCGACCACGAACUCGCUUAAGAACUCAACCUGCAAGUAGAAGUGCAGAAAGUCAGGUGGAAACUGUUGCUGAGAAAGGUGAGGAGUCAGGAGGCCAAAAUGAUGUAUGGCGGAAGUUAAAAGAUUUUGCUGGGUCUGUUGCAAAUGGAGCUCUGAAAUGGCUGAAAGACAACCUCUGAGUUUGAAAUCUUCACUAGGUGACCAUGUGGCAUCCAAACUCUGCACUAAUUUGAAACUAGCCACUGGAUUUUGUACACCCCUCAAGACAUGGUCCCAAGGGCCAAGCUAUUGUUUACAUGGAUUCCUUUGAUUGAUAUUCUCAGCAUUGUGAUGAAAAUUCAAUAGCACUAUAGUGGAGAUUCUUUGAAAUUUUGUUUUCCCCUCUUGUAAAUCUAUGUCUAUGGCAAGCUACUACAGAUUAAUCUCUUUGAGCAGUUUAGAGCAGCAACAGCGAGUAAAUGUAAGCAAUAUUUUAGCAAUGUAUAAAGCUGAUGCUAUAAUGAAAUCUCACAAUCAAUUGACUUC